CUAAAUAAUCGAUCAUCCAAGCUCUCCGCACGGCCGCUCGUUUCCCCGCUCUCCGACAACGUGCGCCAUCCCCCUUUUGGCCCGCGCUGAAGCCAGCUGUCCGUCUUAGCGAGAAACUGCGCUCUGUUUACAAAGUUGCGACACGGUUCCUAACUAACUAACUAGUUGUCCCAAGCUCUUUUAAAUUCCGUUUGCCUCAGGUUGCGCUGGUCCUGCUCGUAAUCGGUGGUUCUUGAUAUCUUCUUUCUUUCUUUGUCCCAUUCCAUUGUUGUUUGACGAUAAUCCCGUGGGUGGCUCGCACGUCGUCAUCAUGCAUCUCUCUCCUUUUCUCCUCCUUCUCCCAGCCCUUGCGACAGCACAGGAGCAGAUUCCCCUCGGGGAGCGGUUACAGGGCUGGUUCAACAAGGCCAAGUCCUAUGUCCCGGCGCCUCCGGUUGUCGCCGAAAAGGCUGCAGAGAAGGUCGCGGAGAAGACAGUGACGCCGUUCAACAUCAGUAACUGGCAAGCCAACCUAGAGCCGUCGACAGAGUCCGCGCAGGAUUGGCUCAUCUUUGUGACGGGAGGAAACAAGACUUGUUUCGGUCGUUGUGAGAGGGCCGAGAAGGCCUUCAAUGAAUCCGUGCUCCUGUUCGCUGCCGACCCGACUUCUCCCCAGCUGGGUUACCUGAACUGUGAGCAGGACCGGGUUCUGUGCUCCAUCUGGUCGGCUGGUGCUCCUUCAGUUUGGCACUUCCAGGUUCCUCAGGCCCAGCCUGACGAGGCUCGCCCGACCAGACCUCUGCACAUCGUGCCCCUGAACAUUACGACUGUCACUCCCGAGACCAUCUACAAGAUUCAUUCGGAGAAGACCUACGAGGAAUUCGACCAGUACGAUGGCGCUUUCCACCCUACCGAUGGCUGGCUCGCCGAGUACGGGCUCAACGUUAUUCUGGGUUACGUCCUGUUUGGAUUCAGCUUGAUCCCCAGCUGGCUCUUUAUGAUCGGUAUCAGUGUCUUCAGUCGGAUGAUUACGAGUCGUCGCCUGGCACCCGCUCAGCCCAACCGCCCAGCUGCUGGGGGCGCUAACUAGACAACUGUUAUCCGGUGCUGGUUAUACUGACGAUAUUAUCUUUAACAAAUGUUGUAUAUAAUGGUUAGCAUUUAUCUAAUGGGCGCUCGGAUCGACGCAGUGUACGCUUUCAACGUGGAUGUCUUGAUUGAAAACACCGCUUGGAUACAUAUACCUUGCGCUUUUCUGUCUUUUACCCGGUAGACAUUAUGAAAUGGCAAAAAAAAGGGAGAAUUCAAAUCUGUUUUUAUAGCUUAACCAUGAACUAGU